AGCUAGCUCUAAUAGCUUACAGUAGGUGGAUUUUAUAUCUUUGCAGUAGGCACAACAUGGCACUUGUUACUUUUUUCUUAUUCCUUGUUUUCUUUGUUUCUCUAGUUAAUGGUUGUUCAGAUGGUUCUAUAAGACUAUACAAUAUUGUUGGUGGCAUUGAAACAGGCAGAGGACUAGUUCAAUAUUGUUAUUCUGGCAGUUGGUACAGUGUAUGUAAUGUGGAGUGGGAUUGCCCUGAAGCUAAUGUUGCUUGUCAUCAGUUAGGAUACUUUGGAGCCAGUACUUAUUAUCAUAAUGCUUGGCAAUAUUUUGGUUCUAAUGGUUAUACCAGAGAAUAUUACUACUCUUGCUCUGGUUCUGAAUCAUCUCUUACAAGUUGCAGCAGCUAUUAUUAUUAUAAUUGUGCAUAUUAUUCUGACUAUGCUGCUGGAGUGCAAUGUGUUGGAGAGCCUGAUAACAAUAAUACUAAUUGCUCUGAGUCAGGAUCAGUACAGCUGACAGGAGGUGCAACUGAUUCAGAAGGAGUAUUACAAUAUUGUUAUAUGGGUGCUUGGGUUCAAUUUUGUUCAUUAGGUGAUAAAGAAGCAACUGUAGCUUGUAAGCAAUUAGGUUAUGAACCAUUUGCAAGGUUUAUCUCUCUAGAUGAUCUGGAUUCCUGGGAACAAGGCUAUUCACCUAUUACUGUCUCAUGUAGCAGUCGUGCUACUGAAUCAGAGUUGUCUAGUUGUUCAGUAUCAACAACAUAUUCAUAUUCAACUUGCAUUUCUAGCCCUCUAAACUGCACGACUCCUCAAGCUAUUAGAUGCUAUAGAGAAGGUAGUUCAUGCACUGAUGGUAGUGUCCAUUUAGUCAACGGGUCAAUAUAUCAGGAAGGAAGAGUAGAAGUGUGUGUUGAUGGAGUAUGGGGCUCAGUCUGCAGCAGUGGGUGGGAUACUAAUGAUGCUAAGGUCAUCUGCAAGCAGUUAGGAUAUCUAGACUCUGAACCUGUUGUGUCACUCAAUGGCAAGUAUGGAGUAGGAGAUGGGCCCAUUUAUUUCUCUGACCUUAGCUGUCAAGGAUGGGAACAUACUUUUACUAUAUGCAGUAAAUCAUCAUAUCUUCACUUCACUUGCAGUAAUAUUGCUAUAGCAGGAGCACUAUGUACUGAUGGUUGUACAGAAGGUGCAGUUCGUUUAGUAGGUGGAUCAGUCAAUAAUGAAGGAACAGUUGAGAUCUGUCAUGACAAGUUAUGGGGACUGAUAACUGAUGCUGGCUGGGAUAAUAAAGAUGCUAUGGUCAUAUGUAGGCAAUUGAACUUUCCUAGUGAGGGUGCAGUGUCUAUGGGAGGUUCAAGAUUUGGUAAACCAGACAGAGCAAUUCAUUACAGUUUUGCUCUCUGCAAUGGCAGGGAACAAUCAUUGUCAAACUGUAACAAGGUAACUCAUUCACUAGUAGAAGGAAGGAGUAUCUACAGUAACAGUCAAGCUGCUGGUGUUAUAUGUCUCUUAGCUCCACCAAUCCCUAAUCUCUCUUGUAAUGACAAGAAUGUACCAUUAACUAGAGGAAAUGAAUGUGCUGAAGGAAGAUUUAGACUAAGACAACAGAAUAUGCUACAAUAUUGUUACAAAGGACACUGGUCAGUAUUGUGUGCAUUCACACACAAAGAGGCUUUAGUAGCUUGCUAUCAACUGGGAUACAAUGCCACAUCUUGGGGUCUUGUUGGUGAAGUGGCCUAUGAUUCAACUAAUCAAAGUUUAUUACAAAAUAUAACUUGUAAUGGUACCACACAUUCAAUCAAUGACUGCAUCAUUAAUGAAGGAUCAUGUAUGUGUCAAAAAGUUAUUAGUUUGAAUUGUUAUGAGCCAACAGGUUGUGAAGAAGGUACUGUACGUAUAACUGAUGGACUGAUUGAGAAUGAAGGAAGAUUGGAGGUGUGUGUUGGUGGAGUUUGGGGUAGUGUCUGUGAUGAUGGGUGGGAUAAAACUGAUGCUCACGUUGUGUGUCAACAGUUAGGAUUCUCAGAGCUAGAGCCAGAAGCAUAUUAUGGUUCAACAUUUGGUGUAUCUACUGGACCGAUUGUUUACUCUAAUGUAAAAUGUGGAGGUUGGGAAACUAGCCUUAAUGAAUGUGCUAAGACUAACUACAUUAAUUUCACUUGCACUGGAGAUAGAAUUGCUGGGGCACUCUGUGUUGAUUGAUGCAAGAAUGGGGAAAUUAGAUUAUCAGGCUAUAAUCAAUUUGAAGGGGUUGUACAAAUCUGUGUUGACAAUAUUUGGGGAGUUAUUUCUGGAGAAAGCUGGACUGAUAGUAAUUCUUUAGUUAUUUGCCAUCAACUUGGUUAUAAGAAAAUAGGUAGACAUGAUGUUACACGUGGCAAGCAAAGGAGAGCUGUAUUUCUGUCUAAUGUUUCUUGCAAUGGAAUGGAAUCAUCACUAAAUGAUUGUGAUAAAGUAUUAUAUCCACUAAAUAUUGCAAAGCAAUUAGCUAAUACAACUGAUGAAAUUGCUGCUGUUGUUUGCGUUGUUGAAACAAUCAUGCCAACUCAGAAAUCCAUUAUGCACUCCUUGUCUACUACAGUAAAGCAAACAGUAUCCAGUACAGUAGUGUCCAGUCUAGUAUCCAUGGCUAGUAAUAGUAUUCAACCAACAUUGGCUACACAAGAUAUGUCUAAUUUCCUUACGGAUCCUUAUUUUACUGCACUUUGUGUUCUGGUUGGUGUGGUGAUGUUCCUGCUUAUCAUUGUGUGUGUCAUGUUUGGGUCAAAAAUGAGGGGCUUUAGGAAGAAAAAAAGACUUGCAAAUCGUCCCCUUCCAUCAAUACAACUGAAUAAUGUUGAUGAUGCAAGAUACCAGAUGGUUGAAAAUGAUGACGAUGAUGAUCUCAAAAAUGUUUCUCAAGGUGAAUUCCCAGCCACAUUUCAAGAGGAAGCUUACAGUUUUGACACAAAUGAAAAGGAGCCUCUGUAUGAAAUACCUACACUAAAAUAAUAAACUAAAUUUUAGCAUGCACUCCCACUUAACUGUGUUAUUUGCUGUUACAAAGCAGCAUUUAGUUUUGUGAUUUCUUUAAUAAACAUGGACAUUUGGCACUGUGUGCAUUGUUGCAUCAGGUGCUGUACAUUA